AUGGCCCAAAAAGGCAUCAGAAUCGCCAUCGAUCGAGGCGGUACCUUCACGGAUGCUUGGGCACAAGUCCCCGAUCGAGAAGAAGACAUCGUCCUCAAAGUCCUAUCAGAAAGUCCGGAUGAAUACGACGAUGCACCGACAGAAUGUAUCCGUCAGAUCCUCGAGAUUGCAACCGGAGCCACCAUACCACGGGGAGAACCCUUGGAUAUCAGCCCCGUGGAAUCGAUACGCAUGGGAACCACCGUCGCCACGAAUGCUCUGCUGGAACGCAAAGGCGCCCGCGUCGCGCUGGUGACGACGCGAGGGUUCCGGGAUAUUCUCCGGAUUGGAAACCAGGCUCGGCCGAAUAUUUUCGAUCUGUCGGUCCAGAGACUCAGCAAGCUGUAUGAGACGGUCGUAGAAGUCGAUGAGAGGGUGACGAUUGAGGGCUUCGCCGAGGACCCAGAGCCCAUGCCGAUAGAUGUGGAAUCCGAUCCAGCGCUCACCAAGGGUCUGACGGGAGAGGCGGUGCGGAUCUUGAAGAGACCGGAUGUCGAAGUCGUGCGAAGGGAUCUGCAAGCAUUGUGGGAGGCGGGCUACCGCAGUCUCGCAGUCGCCUUCUUACACUCAUAUACAUUCCAAGACCACGAAAAUGCAGUUGCGGAUCUGGCUCGAAGUAUGGGCUUCCGAGUCUCCGUCUCGUCGGAAUUGCAAACGAUGGCCAAGAUUGUCCCCCGAGCGCAGUCUGCCGUCGCGGAUGGAUAUCUGUCGCCCAUUACAGAGGAGUACCUGCGGAGCUUUCGGAGCGGCUUCAAGGGCAGACUGGAAGAUGCCAACGGAGAGAAACUUUUCCUGAAUCAAUCGGAUGGAGGUCUGGUUUCGUUUUCGAAAUUCACGGGUCUGAGGGGCGUUCUUAGUGGGCCGGCAGGCGGUGUGAUUGGUCUUUCGAGGACUUGUUUUGAUGAGAGGGACGGGACGCCUGUUCUUGGCUUUGACAUGGUGUGUGCAACCGGAAUCCUCUCAUUCUGGAUAUCUGCUAAUGUGAGAGUCUGCAGGGCGGCACCAGUACAGAUGUGGCGCGGUAUUCGGGCAGCUUGGAGCACAUCUUCGAAAGCACGAUUGCUCAGGUCACGAUUCAGACGCCUCAAUUGGACAUCAACACCGUGGCUGCUGGAGGCGGUUCUAUGCUCUUCUGGGAAAAUGGCCUCUUCAAAGUCGGCCCUCAGUCCGCCGGUGCCAACCCAGGACCCGCGUGCUAUGGCAAAGGCGGACCUCUGACUGUGACGGACGCAAACCUGUUCCUUGGAAGGAUCAUACCGGAGUUCUUCCCGCGACCCUUGGAUCUCGACACCGUGCAGAAGAAGUUUGAGGAGCUGACGGCGACGAUCAACCAGGAUACGGCAACGGAUACUACACUAACAGCUGAAGAAGUCGCUCUUGGAUUCUUGGCCAUCGCGAAUGCUACCAUGACGCGUCCGAUUCGCACCUUGAGCGAAGGCCGUGGAUUCGAGACUGGGGCCCAUAAUCUCGGCUGCUUUGGUGGUGCUGGAGGGCAGCAUGCGGUCGCAGUGGCCCGCGACCUUGGCAUUCAGCGUGCCAUCAUUCCCAGAUACUCCAGCAUCCUCUCAGCCUAUGGUAUGGCUCUGGCUGAUGUCGUUGUGGAGAAUCAAGAGCCCGAAGCAGUCGCCUUCGCUCAAGACAGUCUCCAGCAACUCCAAGCGCGCUUCGAGAAGCUCUGCAAGUCAGGCACCGAAGGUCUGAUCUCUCAAGGAUUUAACGACAGUCAGAUUGAGCAUACGCUCUUCCUCAACAUGCGAUACCAGGGAAGCGACACAGCUCUGAUGAUCAGCAAGCCGGAAACUGGUCUCGAGAGCUUUGGAGAGGCAUUCAUUGCACGUCACCACCGCGAAUUCGGUUUCACUCAGCCCCGUGAGAUCUUGGUCGACGAUGUCCGUGUCAGGAGUACUGCCAAAGGCAUGCAGGUGCAGCUUUCCAGUCCCUUCGAGGAAUUGCGACGGACGCAGAACUCGCCGCCUGUCAGCCCAACAGCACCUGACUCCCGGCGGAAAGUCUUCUUUGAGAACCAUGGUUGGGCGGACACUGCUGUAUACUCUCUGAGUACUCUGCCAACCGGUGCAAAGAUUCACGGACCCGUAAUGAUCAUCGACAAGACGCAGACUAUCGUCGUCGAUCCCGCCAGCGCGGCAGUCAUCCUGCCUGAGCACGUCUUGCUGGAGAUUUCCAACAUUGACAAGCCGGACGUAGGAGUCGACCAACCCGAUCCCAUCCAGCUCAGUGUGUUCGGGCAUCGCUUCAUGAGUGUAGCCGAGCAGAUGGGUCAGACCAUGCAGAAGACUUCCAUCUCCGUCAACAUCAAAGAGCGACUCGACUAUUCAUGCGCCGUAUUCUCUGCGGAUGGAGGCCUCGUUGCCAACGCUCCGCACAUUCCGGGGCAUUUGGGCUCUAUGAGCUAUGCCAUUGCGUACCAGGCAAGGCUCUACAAGCCGGGAGAGCUGAAGCCGGGAGACGUACUGCUCAGCAACCAUCCGUGUGCCGGUGGCACGCAUCUUCCAGACUUGACCGUCACCACGCCUGUCUUCGACGACGAUGAGAAUCCAAAGGAGAUCCUCUUCUUCGUCGCGAACAGAGGGCAUCAUGCAGAUAUCGGUGGCAUUGCUCCCGGAUCCAUGCCUCCGAACUCCACGGAGCUGUGGCAAGAAGGCGUCGCGGUGGAAUCUUUCAAAAUGGUAAAGGAAGGCGUGUUCGAUGAGAAGGGCCUCACGGAGAUUCUCUACGAUAUCCCGGGAUCUUACCCGGGAUGCAGCGGCACUCGGACACUACGAGAUAAUCUUGCUGACCUCAAAGCUGCUGUUGCUUCCAACAACCGCGGGAUCCAGCUGAUCCAGGCUUUGGUGAAGGAAUAUUCUUGGCCGGUGGUGCAGUUCUACAUGAAGGCGAUUCAGGACAACGCGGCGCAGUCUGUUCGAGAACUGCUGAAAGCGUUCUCGGAGCGGUUCGCUGGACAGUCGCUGCAGGCAGUCGAUUAUAUCGAUGACGGAACUCCGUUGGCGCUAAAGAUUGAUAUCGACAAGGACACUGGGAGUGCUGUGUUUGAUUUCACGGGGACUGGGCCUGAGCAUUUCGGCAAUUUGAAUUGUCCGCCAGCGAUUAUGUAUUCUGGCAUCAUGGUAAGCCAUCGUCGCCGCUCCCUCCUUCAACGUCACGCUGACCUUUACGACUAGUACUGCCUCCGCUCCAUGAUCUCCUCGGACAUCCCCCUAAACCAGGGCUGCCUGGCUCCAAUCAAACUCGUCUGCCCUCCCAAUACCCUGCUCUCGCCCUCCCUCAAAGCCGCCACCGUCGGCUCCAACGUGGAAACCUCGCAACGCAUCGUCGACCUCAUCUUCAAAGCCUUCCGCGCCGCCGCCGCCUCCCAGGGGACCUGCAACAACAUGACCUUCGGCUACGGAGGCACGGACGAGUCCGGGACCGUCACCAAGGGCUUCGGCUACUACGAGACCAUCGCCGGCGGCUCCGGCGCCGGGCCGCACUGGCACGGCGAGAGCGGCGUGCACACGCACAUCACCAACACGCGCAUGACGGACGCGGAGAUUUUCGAAAAGCGGUACCCCGUCAUCCUGCACGAAUUCUCCCUUCGCCCCGGCAGCGGCGGCGCCGGGCGCCAUCGGGGCGGGGACGGAUGCGUUCGCGAUAUCGAAUUCCGCCGGCCCGUGCAGGUUUCGAUUUUGUCGGAGCGGCGCGUGAUUGCGCCUUAUGGGAUGGACGGCGGCGGGGAGGGACAGCGGGGGGUGAAUUUGUGGAUUCGAAGGUAUGACGAUGGGACGACGAGGACGAUUAGUCUGGGCGGGAAGGCUACGACGCCGAUGGGCGCGGGGGAUCACAUUGUUGUGAAGACGCCUGGUGGUGGGGGAUAUGGGCAGAAUUGA